AUGCAAAUCGGCGCUUUUGUGACCUCUUUCCUCUGCAUUGCGGCGGCCCAGUUUGCCGCUGCGGAGGAUACCACCUCCCAGUCGACCACGACCAUCACUAAGACUCUGAUCAGAGUGAACUCGGUCACUGCGACCCCCAGCUCUAGCAUGACAUAUGUGCCGGCGACCUCGACUCCUCUUACGACCUCGACUGCGACCCAGCCUGCUGCAUCCGCCACGAAGACUGGAGGCGCAGUCAACGUAAGUGCUGGCGUGCCGGCGGUUCUGGGCGCCGGAUCUCUCGCGCUGAUUAUGGGCCUGGCCCUGUAA